CGACUACUCUCUCAUUGCAGCAGGAACACCUCACAAUCCUGUGGAAUAAUCCUUCCUUCUAUCCCGCCCACUUUCAUAGGUUGCAGUUCGUCUGGGCAUAUUCGUGCUCUCGCGAACAAGGACCGAAAGGCAUUCCACAGUUCUACGAGUCGUGUCAUUCCGCUCUUCGGACUUGGUAUCAGUGAUUGCGCUUCGAGUUUCCCAGUCUCCUUCUCCUAUCUUUUCUUUUCGCUCUAUAGACUGCCUGUCCGAGACCUGUCAUCUCUCUAUCGCGUCUGAGAACCCGACCGCUAUCGAGGCACAGGGCUGAUCACCACCGCCAUCAGCAUGGCUAACCUGGGCCCUCCCGCCCCGCCCACUCGUAUCGGCGAGACGGUGGCCAUCACCAGGACGACGCGUGAUGGUCGUCAACUUCAUUAUGAGAUGAAGGUCUUGCAGCAGCCAGAGCGAGCUCGUGCCUGUGGCUCUGGUCCCAAGUCCUCUGCGGACCGUCGACCUGUUGACCCGCCACCUGUCGUGCAGAUGAAAGUCUUUGAGGGCCCCCGUCGUGAGACAGCCAAGGACAUCACAUUUAUGUACAACGCCGACUUCUUCCUCUACGCCAGCCUGCACCAUGAUACCGACAACCACGGCAACCGUGUCAAUCCUCAGAACUCGCCACCCGUUCUGACCGGCAUGCCCGUUUCUAGUAUGAUCCUGCUGGACCGGCCCGAGGAGGCCGGUUACUUCAUCUUCUCGGACCUGAGCGUGCGGCACGAGGGCCGUUACUACCUGACCUUUGCCCUGAUGGAGGAGGUCAAGAACGACUGCGACAAGGACCCCGACGAGCAGAUGGGCGGCACCGACGAGAUCACCGGCCCCGACGUGGGAUGCAGCGGGAGACACUUCUCGUUCCGGACGACGGUGCAGACGGACGUGUUUGAUGUGUUUAGCGCCAAGAAGUUCCCUGGCCUCAUGGAGAGUACUGCCCUCAGCCGCACCGUGGCCGAGCAGGGCUGUCGCGUCCGCAUCCGGCGCGACGUGAGGAUGAGGCGGCGCGAGAAGGGCGGUGGCAACAAGGGCAAGGAGGUCGCCGCACGCGAGGACCAAUACGCCCAG